UCAGUUCUUUGCCGGUUUAAAUGCACCUAAUGACCAGAAAGUUUGAGCAUUAAAGAUUUCUUUGGAGAAAAUCAACGGAAAAAAAAAAAGCUUGAAAUGUUGAUGCUCACCUGAAAGUAUGUAAAUUCUAAUAUUUGAAAACGGCUUUUAUAAGUAUUUCCUUUUAACAAAAUAGUAGUGAAAAUCCAUGAUACGUAUGGACGGUGAAAUUUAGUCUGGGUUCCAUAAUUUCGCAGUCUCCAUCGAACACCCUUGGAAGCCUUUUCUAAGCCAUCCCGCAAGGCGCAAAAUUCGGAUUUUGAGGCCAUGGAUGUUUACGUUGAUAGCCUCUACGUGCUUGAUAAAAUGCCUAAGACAAGUGCUCGAGUAGAUUUAGUUGAGAAUGAGCAUUUAAGAUAUUCCUACUGUAAUGGCAUCUUCUGCUGCAUUUUCUACAUAUGCAUUGCAUGGAAGUAAGCUUGCUUCCAGGACAAUGUGGGCCAAUACUUUUAAUGAGCAUACUUACAGUUGUUCAAUCCUGCAAUUAAAGCAAUCAAUUUGUGGUAAGCCUAGUUCCUUGUCAGUCGAAAUUCCUUUUGAGCUGCAACCAAAUGGAAGGUUAGUCUCCAAGAAUAGAGUCAUAUGCAGUGCAUUCGAGGUUGAGAAUACACCAUCAGUCAUGGUUGGGAAUAAGUUUCAACUUGAGGAUGUCAUUGAGGCUCAGCAAUUUGACAGAGAGACACUGAAUGCAAUAUUUGAAGUGGCACGUGAGAUGGAGUUGGUUGAGAAGAAUACUCCUGGAAGUCAACUUCUUAAAGGGUAUCUAAUGGCCACACUUUUUUAUGAGCCCUCAACUAGGACUAGGCUGUCAUUUGAGUCUGCCAUGAAGCGUUUGGGUGGGGAGGUUCUGACGACAGAAAAUGCACGCGAGUUCUCAUCAGCAGCAAAAGGCGAGACACUUGAAGAUACUAUAAGGACAGUUGAAGGUUACUCAGACAUAAUUGUGAUGAGACACUUUGAAAGUGGUGCUGCCAGAAGAGCAGCAACAACAGCCAGCAUUCCCAUUAUUAAUGCUGGAGAUGGUCCCGGACAGCAUCCAACUCAGGCCCUUCUUGAUGCAUACACCAUUGAAAGAGAGAUUGGAAAGCUCGAUGGAAUUAAAGUCGGACUAGUUGGAGAUCUUGCCUAUGGAAGAACAGUUCGAUCACUUGCUCAUUUACUAGCCAAGUACCAUGAUGUGAAAAUCUACUUUGUGUCACCUGAUGUUGUAAGAAUGAAGAAUGACAUAAAGGAUUAUCUGACAUCUAUGGGGAUUGAAUGGGAAGAAAGUGCAGAUUUAAUGGAUGUUGCUUCUAAAUGUGACGUCAUUUAUCAAACCCGAAUCCAACGAGAAAGAUUUGGAGAAAGGAUUGAUCUUUAUGAAGAAGCUAGAGGCAAGUAUAUUGUUAACCAGGACGUCUUUAAUGUAUUGCAAAAACAUGCAGUAGUGAUGCAUCCUCUCCCAAGGCUUGACGAGAUAACGGUGGAUGUGGACAAAGAUCCAAGAGCUGCCUACUUCAGACAAGCGAAGAAUGGUCUCUACAUUAGAAUGGCUCUUUUAAAGCUUUUACUUCUUGGUUGGUAGAAGAUGGCCAUGGGUUUUCUUUCCUACAGUAGCCAGUGGUGCUUGCUUCUAUGUGGAGCAGCUAGGUUUCACUUUUAAGAGGCUUUUUGGCUAAUUUUCCUUUGACGAUUGAUAUGAGCACAAAAUUCAUACUUGCUGCCGAGUUGUACCUUACUUUGGCACACAUUGAUGGCUAACUUUAGCUGCAUUUUCCGAUUCUAAUCAAUGAUGAUGUGCCCGAGAAAUGAAAAACCCUCAGUUCUGCAUGAUG